AUGAAGGAAGAACCAUUGAAAGUGAUGUCACCAUUCUCCAUCCCUCCCAUCACUCGCCGCAUCGACCCUACCAAACCACGAAUUGCAACAUCCAAGCCCGAUGGCUCAGACAACGACAAUGACCGUGUAGAAAUCGGACCAACGCCGCUGGCCUUCAAUGAGUGGCGAGCUCUUGGUCUACAGCCACCCCAUCUACCAACAAUGCGUGCAUAUCGUAUGCAACGCAUCUGCGCUGAAUUAUCCAGUCGCGAUCUCGGCGGCAUCUUGCUAUUCGAUCCACUCAACAUUCGCUAUGCCACUGACACAACAAACAUGCAGCUAUGGACCACACACAAUCCAGCACGCGCCUGCUUUGUUUCGGCAAGUGGUUACGUGGUGCUCUGGGACUUCCAUGGCUGUAACCAUCUUUCCGCACAUCUGCCUCUGAUCAAUGAACGACGUUCCGGCGCGUCAUUCUUUUACUUCGAGACUGGAAACCGUACCGAGGAACAAGCUUCUCGAUUCGCCGCACAGGUUGACGAAUUGAUGCGACAGCAUACUGGUAAUAAUCGUCGCCUUGCCGUGGAUCGCAUUGAAGUCGCCGGUCUACGAGCUCUCGAUGCAUUAGGCCUGGAUGUUUGUAACGGACAAGUUGUAACUGAGCACGCGCGAAUGAUCAAAGGCCCAGAUGAAAUUCUAGCGAUUCGAUGUGCUGUUGCCUCUUGCGAAGCUGCCAUUGGUGAGAUGCGUCAAGCCAUGCGCGCUGGCGCCACAGAGAAUGAUGUCUGGGCUGCUCUGCAUGCUGGGAAUAUCCGUCGUGGCGGUGAAUGGAUUGAAACGCGUCUUCUUAGCUCUGGGCCGCGCACCAACCCAUGGUAUCAGGAAUGUGGUCCACGAGUCCUUCGCGACGGAGACUUGGUGGUCUUUGAUACCGACCUUAUCGGUGUAUACGGUAUCUGCGUCGACGUAUCACGGACCUGGAUUUGCGGCGACCUCGAACCUACUGCAGAACAAAAACGGUUGUACCGCAUCGCCUAUGAACACAUCACUACCAACAUCGAAAUGGUUAAACCUGGGGUACGCUUUACCGAUCUGACUCGUAACGGCCACCGCUUGCCUGAAGCAUGCCGUGCUCAACGCUACGGUGUCAUGUUUCAUGGUGUAGGUCUCUGUGAUGAGUACCCGAGUAUUCGUUAUCCCGAAGAUCUUGAUUCCUAUGGUUACGAAGGAGAGCUGGAAGCAGGCAUGGUUCUCUGUGUCGAGGCCUAUGUUGGUGAAGUUAGCGGCAAGGACGGUAUCAAAUUGGAGAACCAGCUGCUAGUGACUGAAACAGGAUAUGAGCUGCUCACUCAUUACCCAUUUGAACGGAGUUUUUUCGAUUAG